GUACUGCCCCUAUUCCCAGAUGAUUUUUAGAACUGUCAGAGGUGCUGGCAACAACUUGGAAAUCAGAGCCUUGACUCUCCCCUUCUGAACCAUGAACCUGACUACGAAUGAUCACCGAAUACCUUUGAAUGAUGGAAAUAGCAUUCCUAUCAUUGGGCUUGGUACCUAUUCAGAGAAAGACACUAGAGACCUAUGCGGACAAUCUGUGAAGAUUGCCAUUGAUGUUGGGUACCGCCAUUUUGAUUGUGCCCUCAUUUACCAUAAUGAACAUGAAGUGGGAAAUGCAAUCAAAGAGAAAAUUGCUGAAGGAAAAGUGAAACGAGAAGACAUCUUCUACUGUAGCAAAUUGUGGGGUACUUUCUUUAGCCCAGAGAUGGUACGACCAGCUCUGGAGAAGACACUCAAGGGUCUUCAGCUAGAUUACAUUGAUCUUUACAUCAUCGAGACACCAAUGGCUUUCAAGCCUGGAAAUGUCAUCUUUCCUGUGGAUGAAAAUGGUAAAUGGUUGUUCCAUGAAACAAACUUAUGUGAUACCUGGGAGGCUCUGGAAGCAUGCAAAGAUGCUGGCUUGGUGAAGUCCCUUGGAGUGUCUAAUUUCAAUCGCAGACAGCUGGAGCUCAUCCUGAAUAAACCAGGACUCAAAUAUAAACCAGUCUGCAACCAGGUUGAGUGUCAUCCAUAUUUCACCCAGACAAAGCUCUUGAAAUUUUGUCAAAGCCAUGACAUUGUCAUUGUGGCGUAUAGCCCUUUAGGGACCAAUAGAGACCCAACAUGGGUGAACUUAGAGUGUCCUCCCUUGCUAGAAGACCCUUUGCUGGUCUCCUUAGGUCAAAAAUACCAUAAGUCACCAGCACAAAUCUGUCUACGUUUCAAUGCCCAACGAGGCGUGGUUGUCAUUCCCAGAAGUUUUAAUGCGGAAAGGAUAAAAGAAAACUUCCAGAUCUUUGACUUCUCACUCACUGAUGAAGAAAUGAAGAACAUUGAAGACUUGGAUAAAAAUGUUCGCUUUGUGAAAUUGCUCAUGUGGAGUGAUCAUCCUGAAUAUCCUUUUCACGAGGAAUACUGACAUCUGAAAACAGCCACACUGAUUUUUACUUCCAUAUGUGCCAAAAACACAAACCAGAGGAUUCCAUCCAGUCUGAAUGGAAAAGGAAAAUAGAGCUAUACUUCUCUUUCACAUAUUCUAACUAAUUAUUUACUGUUCAUUCAGGACUGUUUUUGAAUCUGUCAGAAUCAUAAGGCAAAGUGAUUAAUACACUAAUAGAACCAUGCCUCUUGGUGGGUUUGACUGUCCCCUGAAGGACACCUCUGGGAUGCUAUGUACAGGUUGGGAGUCAUGACUCCUGAUUGGAGAGAGACAGAGACAGAGAGAUGAGGUGGAGAGGGAGACAGAGAGAAGGGAGAAUAAGAGAAAGCAAGGCGCAGACUUUGAAUGGAGAAUGGGAGAGCUCCUAAAGUGGGUAGAAAAGCCAGCACCUCCACAUGUGUCUUAGGAUUCUCUGCUCUCAUAUCCCCAAAGAGUAGAGAAGACUCAUUGGAUAAGAUCGUUUUUCUCCCCAGUUGAGAUGAAAAAUCACCUUACCUCCAGAUCUCCCUAACUCUUGAGUAUUCUAUCAACUCAACAAAUCCGUAUGGCUUCCCUGAUUACUGUCUUACUAGCUUACUUUGAUAAAUAUGUUUGCUUAGUAUCCAUGAUUAUCUUUUCUGUAAUAAGUAUAUGCUGGAGAGAGAAAGCUAAAUCAGCCAAGCUUAAGCUGUUACCCUCCAGUUAGGGUAACUUCCCAGGUAGGGCAGAGCUACUCCCUCUUUAGAAUAGCUAGGGAAAGUAAUUUCAUCCAGAACUCCCUAUUCCCCCUUCCAAAAAAAAGUCACAACCUUAGGUUUCAAAUAUCUGAUGUGUAAAAGAGAGAUAUAAUUCUAAGCCCCAAACCCCUGUUGAAGAUAGGUGAGCCAAGGGAUAAUUGCCCAGCAAUAGCUGUCCUACCCAUAACAAAGAUGGAAAUCCAGCCUUCCUGGGAAGUGUCAUUCCCAUCUCAUUAGAAUUUAGGUACUGACAGAACUGACCUAAGGAUCGACCUUCAAAAGAGGAUAGCUACUAACAAAAGGCACUCUCAGCAAGAUACUACCAUAACAGAGAUAUGUGAGGCCCUUCCCCUCCCCCAUUAUUAUGAAAUUGCUAAUAUCCAAAACAAAUAUGUAGAUCUUCAGCACAAUUACAUAAUUAAGGGCAGGUUUUAUAUUGAAGAGGGAAGUAAGAAAAUUAGAAAAGGAAUUUUGGGUUCAUAUUGAAAGGCAAAGAUAGAUUCAAAGCAUUGUAUAUAGUGUAUUCACAGAAAAAGAGUAUGCAGAAGAGGGAUGGGCUAUAAUACUGUGUAAUGUGAAAUCUCUCCAAGAAGGAAAAAAUGAAUCCAAAACUAUGAAAAUCUAAUGAAAUAAAACUGUAGCUGCACCUAGCCUGGA